AUGCAAAUAUUUGUUAAAAUAUUGGAUACUUAUCUAAUCACAUUAGAUGUUGACCCAUUAGAUACACUUUCCAUCCUCAAAUCAAAAAUUGAGAAAAAAGAAGGUAUUAUCGAAGAUCAACAAUAUUUUGUACAUGGUGGUAUGCGGCUCAAGGAUGAACAUUCAUUAGCAGAACAAGGUGUGACUCAAGACUCCACUGUCUAUCUUCAUGUAGGUGGACUGCGUGGUGGACGAGCAAUGGGUAUAGAAUUUGUUGACGUUAGUAAUACAUCCGGUUUAAAACGAGUAAAAUGGAAUUCGAAUGUACCUAAAUGGCGUAUUAGUACUCAUGGUCUAUGUUUAGAAGGUAUAUGUUAUAAUCUAGCAUGUGAAGCCUAUUUAAAACAGGUUCAAAUAAAAAUUGGUAUGACUAAAUUUGAUUUAGUCACAGACUCAAAUAGUUUAACAACAAAAUGUCCAAUGUGCUACAAAUAUGUUGAACCGAUAACAUGUAGUUUCAGCAAUUGUUAUUGGCGAUGGUCAGGUAUUAAACAGGACUCGAUUACUGAUGAACCACAUAAGUGUUCAGGUGACUGGAAGUAUGCCGAUAAUGCCUAUCAUUAUUUUGAUCAAAAUAUAAGUGGUGCAGUUAUAUGGCGUCGAUUACUUAUUGAAACUCAGUUUUCACUACCGGAUAAAUUCAAAGGUACCAGUCCUUUUUUUCCGAUUGUUCUCUAA